AUGGUAAUAUCUCGCAGGUUUUUUAUUUUUUGGCUGGUGUCUCUUUUACUGUUCCGAAACUCUUCAAAAAGGGAGCGCCCUGCAUGGAUGGUGGUGAGCGCCCUAUCUCGAGAUUUUAUUGAGGAUGAAACACAGAAUGAGAGUAUCCGAGAGGAAGUGUUUCGAUACUAUGGCACCUUCACCCGCACCUUCCUGUCGAUGUUUGAGAUAUUGUUCGCGAAUUGGGGACCACCAUGUCGAGUGGUGGUGGAGAACAUCAGCGAAUGGUUCUCCCUUUUUUUUCUGCUCUAUCGAUGUGUUCUGGGGUUCGCCGUAUUAAAUGUGGUCAACGCAGUAUUUGUGCAACAGACGAUGAAAACUGCCAGUUCAGAUGAAGAACUAGCCUUCAAACAGAAAGAACGCGAUGUGGCUAUGUACACUCGCAAGGUUCGCAAAUUGUUUAACUCGAUGGAUGAGACGGGUGACGGCUGCUUGAACCUCGAGGAGUUUCAGAAGUUGGCUCAGUCUCCAAAGCUGAAAUUCUGGAUGAGCCAGCUGGAGCUGGAGUACCACGAUCUACUCAGUCUGUUUGAGUUCUUGGAUAAUGGUGACGGUGAAAUUACACCUACAGAGUUCAUUGAAGGGGCUUCCAGGCUCCGUGGGAGCGGGAAGGCGGUGGAUAUUUGGCGCUUGGAGACCAAAGUGGAGGUAUUGAUGGGUGAAGUGCUGAAGACAUUGGCUAAAGAAGAGGAGGACGAAGGUGUUUCACACAUUCAGAAGGUCUUCAACAAGUCGUAUUAUCGGCACAUUCACUCAAUUGCAAAGGACAGCAAAGGGUUUCCCACAAUCUCAAAGCCGGUGGCGCCCAUGGAUUCGGAGCCAGUCACACCCGAGAUCAAACCCGAGAAACCAUCUCCUCAAGAGGAGACAUUCUGA